AAGAACAUCUAUCUUCAUCCUUACUCAUCCUCUCUCCAAUGGCAUCACCUUGCUCGACCAAAAUCCUAGAUUUCUGCCAAGUUCUACCAGCCUAUGACUCACCUGAGUCGGCUACCGAGUUCUCUCUCCCUCUCACCUUUUUUGACAUGCUUUGGUUAAAAUUGCCUCCUGUUCAACGUCUAUUUUUCUACCAACUCACUGAUCCAUCAGCUACGCCUGCUUUCUUCAACACUGUGAUCUUACCUAAACUCAAGCACUCCCUUUCUCUCACCCUCGUCCAUUUUCUCCCCCUCGCCGGCCACCUCACCUGGCCACCAAACCUUCCCAAACCUUUCAUCCUUUAUACACCAAAUGAUGGUGUUCCGUUCACCGUCGCCGACUCAGAUGCCGACUUCGAUCGUCUUUCGAGUGAUAAUAUCCUUAACGCUGUUGAGUUGCAUCCUUAUGUGCCCGAGUUACCAAUAUCUGAUACUAUGGCUUCUUUACUUGCUCUGCAAAUCACCUUAUUUCCAAAUAAAGGUUUUAGCAUUGGCUACUCUAUAAACCAUGCACUUCUUGAUGGAAAAAGCAUAAUCAUGUUUAUGAAAUACUGGGCUCACAUAUCUAAGCAUGGUGAAAAUGGGAAACAAAACUCUUCUAUGUUGCUUGAAGAACUUGCUCCAUUCUAUGAUCGAAGUGGUAUCGAAGAUCCGUUAGAGCUGGGGAAUCUGUACUUGAGCCAGUGGGAGUCCCUAGCAGAAUCUGAGCCAAUGAGCAAUCCUCGAAGCUUGAAGCUGUUGCCUCAACUAGGAGCAGACAUUAAAAGGGUGAGAUCCACAUUCCAUUUAACUCGUGAAGAGAUAAACAAACUCAAGAACAAAGUAUUGUCUCAACUUGAAAAUCCAAUUCCUUUGUCAACUUUUGUUGUCACCUGUGCCUAUGUAUUGGUUUGCAUGGUAAAAGCCAGAGGAGGAGAUGGAAGUAGAAUGGUUUGGUUCACAUUUGCAGUGGAUUGCAGGAGACGUUUAGAUCCUCCACUUCCGGCUAAUUACUUUGGCAAUUGUGUCGCCGUUCACGACGUUUCUACAGAAGCAAGAGAUAUUAUGGAAGGGAAUGGGUUCUCCAGCAUUGCAAAGAGAUUAAGUGGGGUUAUAGAGGGAUUGAAGAAGGGUCUUUUUCAAAGAGCAGCCGAUAUGGCACCAAGAUUAAAAAAUGCAAUUAUAACUGGUGCGCAAGUGAUUGGGCUCGCUGGAUCGACAAGGUUUGACGUUUACGAGUGUGAUUUCGGGUGGGGGAGACCAAAGAAGGUGGAGAUAAUCUCCAUAGAUAAGACUGGAGCAAUUUCUUUGACACAGAGUAGAGAUGGAAAUGGAGGAAUUCAGAUUGGUUUGGCCUUAAGCAAGGAUGAAAUGGAAGCUUUUGCUUCUUUAUUUGUUGAUGGCCUGAAACACCUUCAAUGAUUUGUUUGCCGAUCUAGAGAGCAGAAUAUAGCCUCUAGGGGAGAAGUCCGGUGAAUCCAAUUCAGUGGAGGCUGGUCUUCUUCAAGAAAAUCUUUUGAUAAUAUAUUUGUAGUAUUUAAUCUUAUUGCUGUGUUGGUUUGUUUAUUGUUAUUUUAUUUUAUUUGUUUUCAUAAUUAUAUCAGUUGGUUAUUUUUUUAUAGCACGUUGUUUAGUGUGUUGGUUAAUUAUUGGUUAGUUAUGGAUUUGCUGGAGCAAACCUUUAGGUACGUGGAGUAUUAUAUGACAUUUUAUUAUGUAUUUAUUCUUCAAAUUUAUUGAAUAA